CUCAAACUCCCAUCAGCCCCACAAAGUAUAUAGCCAAUGGUCGGGGAUGCGAAGAGCUGUAGGCCAGCACCAUUUGGACAGUUACAGGUUUCCCAUUCCUGCCUUGACUAAAAGCGGCUUCCAAGUGCUUUUCUUUCCCUCGGGACUGUGUUCGUCUUCUCUAUUUUUCCCUAUCUCUAAGGCUCACAAAUGAUCUCGCCUUGGCCUCCAUCUUUGGUGCGGGCAACAGUCGAUAGGACCGUAAAGCUCGCCGCCAUCUUUGAAAGGGGCACGAGCGGUGGCUGGAACUGGCUGCUUAAGACGACUCGGGAAAGGCCUGGCCGGAGUGACUGAGGAGGAGGAGACGGCGACGGCGACGGCUGCGUUGGGGCUCCUGAAAGGAAACCAGGAGAGCUGGCCUAAGAGAGGUUUCCAGAGUGUCCUGCCCAAACCCACUGAAGCCAGACACAAACUCCAAGGCUUAGCAUUAUCUCAGACAUGGCAGAUCAUGGCAUCUCCAUGGGCCAGCAAGUGGCAGUGAUUUGGGAUAGCCAUUCACUCCCUGAGGCACUCCAAAGUCUUGUGAAGAAUGUCCAGACUGCUGUUGGAGUUGAGGGUCAUGUAUCUGUGGAAAAUAUCAACCAACUGCUCCAAUCAUCCCACAAGGAGUCCAGUUUUGAUGUGGUUCUGUCAGGUCUGGUACCAGGCAGCUCAGCAGUGCAUAGUGCAGAAGUGCUGGCUGAAAUAGCUCGGAUAGUCAAGCCAGGGGGCCGUGUCGUCCUGAAGGAAGUGGUGACAAGAGAAACAGGUAAUAACAAUAGACUCAAGGCAAUAACCAAGCUACCUGCAGCUUUGACGCUUUCAGGGCUGGUGGAAAUAAAGGAGCUGCAGAAGGAACCUUUAACCUCUGAACAAAUCCAAUCUGUCCAGGAACACCUGAGUUUGCAGUGCAAUGAAUUACUUUCUGUUCAGAUGGAAGGCAAGAAGCCCAACUUUGAAGUGGGCUCUUCAAGUCAACUCAAACUUUCUUCUGUCAAGAAACCUGCUUCAUCUGAAAAGCCGGCUGUGGAUCCCACUACCGCAAAGCUCUGGACUCUUUCUGCUAAUGAUAUGAAUGAUGAGGACAUGGAUCUUCUUGAUUCAGAUGAGCUUCUGGACCCUGAGGACUUGAAAAAGCCGGAUCCAGCUUCCCUUAAAGCUCCUUCCUGUAAAGAAUCUGGAAAGAGGAAAGCCUGUAAGAACUGCACCUGCGGUCUUGCUGAGGAGCUAGAGCAGGAGAAGAAGAACUCGCAGCCAAAAUCUGCUUGUGGCAACUGUUACCUGGGGGAUGCAUUCCGCUGUGCCAGCUGCCCAUACCGCGGCCUGCCGGCCUUCAAACCUGGAGAGAAGAUCCUUCUGAACGAGAACAACCUCCAGGAUGCCUGAGAGAGGGCAGUGCCAAGCCUCCUUUUGGGACACACACAGCUAUUCUGUGCCUUCUCAGGCUCUGCAUUGUUUUGCUGACACAACUGUCAC